AUGCGUGUAGUAGUAUUACCCGUUUGUUUAUUGGAAUCUUAUCCUCACAUCUUGUUAAAAUAUGAUUUUCGUUUGAAACAACAAUCUCAGGCCCAAACACAACAGUCAUCUCAGCAAACACCAUCAACACAACACCAUCAACAACAAACAACACCGUCAAUAUCAUCUUUACAAGAUCAAUAUUUUUUAACACCAUAUAGUUCGCCAAUAGGCGUUGAAGGUUCAGUAAAAACUGUAUGUAAUAUUAUUAGACGUUCACCAGUUCUUCGAAAGUUAUUUGAUGUUAAAGAUGAAGAAGAAGAAAAUCUUGAAACUAAAAUUGACUUCAAAGGCCAUUGUCGUUUUAUUGCAUUUGGACCUGAAACGGAUAUAUGUAUAUGUGCCUUAUUAGUCGAUCAUAUAUCGUCUCUGGAAUUAAAUUAUAUUAAUAUGCCCGAACCGCCAUUAUCUCGUCAACAAUCAAAAAUCAGUUAUAAUCACUCUGUUUCUUCAACUUCAAUAUUAUCAUCACCCUUAUUAGCUGCUGGUGAUUCGCCAACACCAUCUGUUGUUCAACGUGAUCUUGUUCACUUAUGGAUAUCGAUUCGUGAUAUACGUCAUAAACUAAUUCAUAUUGAUCGUGUUCUAAAACAACCAGGCAUUUUAUCAAAAUUAACACACGUUGAAAGUUGGGUUUCGUCUUAUAAUGAAAAAGAUGGUUCAUCUCCUUUACAAACUCCAACGACACCAAAAAAUGGCGAAUUGAACAUUCCACCAUCACCGCUACCUUCGCUAACUACAUUAACAAUACAUCAUGAUGAAAAUAGUAAACAAACAUUGUCAUCAACAUCAAAUUCUUUGACAGCAUUAACAACAACAACACCCCAACAAUCGCUACCCUCAUUACCUACACGUUUGGUGAAAGCUCGUGCUCGUACACUUGUAUGGGAUGUAAUGGAACUAAAAAAUGAAGUUCUAUAUCCUCAUCCAGUUCACGGUCGAAUACCAAAUUUUCGUAAUAAUCCAGAUUGUUCAGCAAAUUUAGCUCAACUAGAGGAAUUUCAACGAAGUCGUGUUAUUCAAAUAUGUCCGAGUUUAGCUCAAGAACAUUUACGUUUAUUUUCAUUAGCAGAAGGAAAAGUAUUAUUAACACCAUCUCCAUCGAUUGAUGUUGCAUUAUUUUAUAAAUUAGAUCCAAAAUUUUUGAAUAUGCAUGAGUUAUCGCGUGCUGCCACAAAAUCUGGUACAGCUGCAUUGGGAACAGUUGUCAAUUUAAGUGCGGUGGGAAAUAUACAUGUUGAUAUUGUCGUUGUAGCAUCUGUUGUUGUUAAUCCAAUCACGGGUGCUCGUCUGGGAAAAGGCAAAGGUUAUGGUGAUUUAGAAUAUGCAAUUAUGCAUCAGUUAGGAGCAUGUGAUGAAUCAACAAUUGUUAUUACAACUGUCCAUGAAACCCAAUUAUUAGACGAUUUACCAUCAUCGGUUAUGACUGAUCAUGAUCUACCUGUUAAUGUCAUCAUAACACCACAACGCAUUAUUUAUACUCAAAAUAAAUUUCAACGUCCUAGUAAAAUAAACUGGGAUGAAAUUGAUAAUGAUACAAUUUUAAAUUUACCGGUAUUAAAAGAAUUUAAACGUUUACAAGAACAUCAACAAAUUCAACAGCAAAUGGUUCUAGUCUAA